GUGAAGACUUGGAAGAAACACACUUGGACUUAGAUUACAUAAACGAGCCUGAACGGUCUCCCAAGAUGUCAAAGAAAAAAGACUACAGUCCUGUAAAGAUCAGCAAGAGUCAGGCCAAUGACCUGGCUGUGUUGAUUGCUCGCAUGCAGAGGAAUGCUGACCAAGUGGAGAAGAACAUCCUGCGAUCAGCGGAGCUGCUGACUUUCGACAAAGAGCGUGAUGGGAAGAAUCAGCAGGUGAUCCACAAGAAGGAGAAUUCAGACAACCUCACGGAGGCCGAGGGGCUGAUGAAGGAUCUCUUCAUGGACUUGGACAAAGCCAAGAGGCUGCAGCACCCGCAGGCUAAUGAGAUAGAAAGAGAUGUGAGAAAUCUCCAUGAACGCUGGGCAAAGGACUGUGCUACCUACAGGGAACUGUAUGACCAGGUGCAAGACUUGGAGCUGGCACAAAAGAUUGACUGGGGUUUUCUGCUGGAUGAAAAACUGAAACAGUUAAAGGCAGAGACAUAUGGCCCCAACCUGUCUGAUGUAGAGAAGCAGAUCGCAGAACAUAACAUUCUGCACCAGGAGAUUGAGGUCUACAGCGCCCAGCUGCAGCCCAGCACUACCACCUCACAGGAGCAGUACGACGCCCUCAAAGAGAAAUAUGCUCAACUUUUCGAGAGCUCCCAGCGCAGGCGCAGCUACCUGGCCUCCCUGUAUGAGUACAUGCAAAGCUGUAGUAAGGAGCUAGUCUACCUGUCAGGCCAGCAGGAGAGGAUCCUCCAGAGAGACUGGAGUGAUCGCAUGGUUGACCCCCCAGGUGUCCGCAUGGAGUAUGAGAAAUUCAAAAAUAAUGGACUGCUAGCUCAUGAGAGUGAGAUCAACCAGCUGCAGGAGGAAGGAGAUCGUCAGGUUGAAAUGAAACACCCUGCCACCCCAACAAUAAAGGCACACAGAAAUUCUGUGCAGGCUGAGUGGCAAGCCUUUCUCAACUUGUGUCUAGCCCAGGAAACACACCUGGACAACAUUGAAGACUAUAGGAAGUUCCAGCUGGAUGCAGAGACGCUGUCUGAGUCCCUGGAGAGACUCAGUUCCACUCUGGACCCGAAGUCUCUGGCCAACAAGAGCAACCCUGAAGUCUUGUUGGCACUGGAGGGAGAUGAACCAGCAGUGAAGAGGAAUGAGCAGCGACUGGUCCUCCUCAAGGAGAUCAGCAGCAACGUUGUGCCUCUGAAGUUACGACGAAUGAAGCCCACCAAACCCACCACUGUAGUGUCCGUGUGUGACUGGGCCGAUGAGGAGGAUGCAGUGAGACAUGGUGAGAUGCUCAUCCUAAAGUCCAACUCUGAUAAUAAGGACUGGGAGCUUCAGACCAGCAGUGGGAAGAUCAAAACCCUCCCAGGGGCAUGUUUCGUGGUCCCACCGCCUGAUGCUGAGGCCCUGGAGAAAGUAAACAGCCUGGACAGAGCUCUGAUGGACCUGAAGAGCCAUAGAUCUGCAGUAAUGACCUCGUUGAAGAACCCCACUGUGGAGGUGGUUCGCCCUCAGAAGGCAGCUGCUGUACAAAGUGUUCCUGAAGAUCCCAAAGCUGCAGAGCUAGCCAGUGAAAUAAACAAGAUAAACAAAGACCUGGAUACGAUUGAAAAAGAAAUCCUGAGCCGGCUGAGGGCCCCACUAGACAACUACAACCCCACGCAAGACUUGGCGAACCGGCUGAAAGAACAUGAAAAAUCUGCUCUGACUGUAAGGAAGCUGGAGUCUGAGAAGUCUGGGAUCCAGAGAGAGAUGGAGCCGAUUCUGGCCAAGAAACCCCUGGGACCCACCACCUCUACCCUGCCCCUAAAACUCAGUGCUGCCAAUAAUAAGAUCGAUGACAUCAAUGCCCUUAUUGAUCUUUAUGAUAAAAAAGCUACAGCCUCCAUGUUCCUAGAAAAACAAAUACAGAAUGUGGAAGGCAUUGUCUCUGGGUUUGAGGACCAGUUAGCUAAAGAUGGCACCAUCCUUGAUCAACCUAAUGCCCUCCAGAGUCGCAACCAGCAGCUGCAGGUAAUACGUAAGGAUGUGGCCUCAAAGAAGGAUGAGUUGAAUCAAUUAGGCAGAGAGUUGGACCUGACCAAGCAAGCAUGCAGCUCCCUACAGCAGAGUCUCAAUGAAUACUGCCCUGAUAUCCGCCGCCAGGACAGUGCGGUGAAACAUCUGAAGAACCGUUACACAAAUGUCAAUAAUCAGCUCCAGGAAAGAUCUGCUCUCAUACAGGAAGCAAACAAUAAAACCCAAGAUUUCCAUAAUGCUGUUCAGUCGCUGGAUUUCUUCUUGGUCAAUUUGCCCAAUAACACGAUCCAACCUACUGAUGAUGUGGUGCAGAUAACAGCCAAGCAGAACUCUCAGAAGAAAGUGAUGGAGGACAUCAAGAGGAAAUCAGGUGAUUUAGAUCGAGUUAAUGAUCUUUCCCAUGAUCUGCAGAGCAUCUUAAAUGAGUAUGAGGUUAAGUCAAACACUUACCGUGGCACUCUGAAUGAUGAUGAUGAUGAUGAAGAUGAUGACGACGAUGAGGAACCAGUUCCAAAGAAACGUGCAACUUCAACUAUGACUCAGGCUGUACAGAGAAAGGAGAGAGAUCUACUGAACCAUUUCUCUGAGGUAUCAGCAGAGAACAACCAGCUGCUGAGCCAAUUGGGGAUGGCAAAGAACAUAAUGACCAGGAAUGAAGAGAAAGUCAGUCAGGUAGUUGUUAAUCAGCAGCUGCAGCGACAGAGCCAGAAGAAGGACCUGGAGGAAAGUGAUAGUCUGAAAAGGGAAUUAAGGGAGGAGGUUGCUAGGCGCUCACACGCUGAAAGAGACCUGGAAACAUACCGCAAGAGGUUUAUGUCUCUGAAGAGCAGGAGAGGAGUGGAGAGGUUGGAGGAGAAGGAGGUGGUGCAGUACUAUCGUGACCCCAACCUGGAGGUAGAACUGCAGUCCCUGAAAAAGAGGAUCCAGGAUGAGGCAUUUAAGAGGUCAAGAACCCAAUCAGAGAUAGAAAUUGUCGAUGAGAAGGUUAUCAAACUGGAAACACAGCUGAUGAAAAUCGAACCUAAACUGGUGACCAAGGUACUGACUGAAUACGAGAGAGACCCACAGCUUGAUAAAGAGGCAGCCAAGAUCAGAGAUGAGAUGCAGAGGAUAAAACUGGAGCUCCAAACAAGAGAUACUGAGGCAGUACAUGUGAAAACUGAGCUCACAGUUCUGGCUCAGCAGCAACCAAAAAUCAGGGAGAAGGUUGUUAAGAAGGAAGUGGUGAGGCUUGAAAAGGAUCCAGAGAUGCUGAAAGCUGUUCUCACAUUCCACACUGAAAUUGCAGAGGAGGACUCCCGGUGCAAGUCCCUAAAUGAUAGCAUUUUUAGUAUGAGGAGCCAGAUAAACACACUAGAAAGGGUCAUUCCCACCAUCCAACCCAAGAUAGUCACCAAGUUGGUGAAGCAAGUCCAGCAAGACCCAGAAACGCUUGAAGAGUCGAGGAAACUACGAAUGGCCUUGGAAGAGGAGAAAGAUGAGAAUAUUAUCUUGAUGAAGGACUUAACAACCCUUCAGCUACGUUAUAGUGAGGUGGAGAAGCUCAGGCCAAAAGUCGAGGUCAAAGAGAUCAUCAGUGAGAUCUACAGAGUUGAUCCUGAGACAGAAGUAGAGCUGAUACGUCUUAGGAAAGAGCUGCAGGACUCUAGCCGAAACCGUACAGAACUGGAAAGAGAAAUAAACACAGUGAUAACCACUCUGACUACUCUGCGUGCUCAGAAACCCAAAGUGGAGUACAAGGAGGUGACACAGGAGGUGAUCAAAGAAGAGAAAAGCCCAGAGGUCACAAGGGAAUUGCAAAGGCUGAGCAACCAAGUUUCCCGUCUACAAGUCAACUAUGACACUACCCUGGAGCUGCUAACCCACCUACGUAAAGAGAGAGAUGAGCUGAAAGCUGAAAAAUCCAGAGUGGAGAUAAAGCUAGUGAAUAAAGAGGUCAUCAAAUAUGAGAAUGAUCCUCUUCUUGAGAAAGAGGCUGACAGACUUCGUAGGAAUGUAAGAGAAGAGAUUCAGCAGCGUCGCAGUGUGGAAGAAUGUCUCUUUGACCUCCAGAAUCAAUUCAUUGUCAUUGAAAGGCAAAAGCCAGAGGAGAAGAUUGUUAUGCAGGAAGUUAUACGUCUUCAGAAGGACCCAAAGCAGAUCCUGGAGCAUGAGAAAUUGAACAAGGCCCUGGAUGAUGAAAUGAAGGCCCGUAGGAAGCUUGAGUUAGAGGUCAGACAGCUCAGAGUCCUGAUUCAAGAGAGAGAGAAUACGCUGGCUCAGAUGGAUGAUCGUCAGAGGAAGAUUCAAGUGGAGUCAGAGCUAAGGCAGAUCAAAUCUCGCAUUCUUGAACUGGAAAAUGCACCGCUGCCUGUUGAGGAAAAGAUUGUCAUCGAGGAGGUCCUGAAAGUGGAGAGGGAUCCAAAGCUGGAAAAAAUAACUGAUGGUAUUCGUGUUGACAUGGAGACUGAAGGCACCAAUAUUAAUCGUCUAGAGAGAGAAAUCCGCAACCUGAAGGUCAAAUUGGAAAUCCUGCAAAAGGAGAAAUCAAUUGAGAAGGUUGUUUACAGAGAAGUUGUACGUAUAGAGAAGGACCCAGCAGUUGAGGCUGAAAGGGAACAUCUAAGAGAGCUAGUAACACACGAGAGAAAUCUCAGGCGGGACCAGGAAGAUGACAUUCAAAACAUCAACAUCAAAAUUGCCCAUCUACAGACAUCAAAGUCUGUGACCUGUCAGGAGGAGAAUGCUCUCAUCAGUACUAGAGAUGCUCUGCAGAGAGAGAAGGACGAUCUCCUCAGACAGCUCAAAAUAAUAGACUCUCAAAGACAGAACAUCAGCAUGACCUUCCAGCAGCAGUCCAAACUGAUGAGUGAGAGAAACCAGAUUGCACGGCAAAGGAGUCUUAAGACAUCCUCUGAAAUACAACGGCUGGAGAAAGAGAUCCUGAAUGAAAAGGACAAAAUACACCAGAGAGAAACGCUCAUCAUUGAGCUCCAGAACGGCAUUAAGAAAGAAGACCAGACUGAAACUCAUACCAGAGAAACAAAUCUGUCCACAAAGAUCACCAUCCUGGAUCCAGAAACUGGUAAAGACAUGUCUCCCUAUGAUGCCUACUUGCAGGGCCUAAUUGACCGCAAUCAGUAUAUUCACCUGUCAGAGCUGGAAUGCGACUGGGAAGAAAUCACUUCAACUGGUCCAGAUGGGGAUACAACAAUUCUACAGGAUCGCAAGAGCGGGAAGCAGUACUCUGUCAAGGAUGCUCUGAGGGAUGGUCGCUUGACCCAGUAUGACGUGAUCCACUACAAGGAAGGGAAAAUUCCCAUUUCUGAGUUUGCCCUCCUUGUUGCAGGGGAAACAAGAAAACCCUACAUUCCUCCAAUAACAGUCCCAAGAUCACCCACCAAACCCGCACCAGCCUCUCCCUUAAACUCCAUGCCAACCUCCUCCUACACCAGUCUCAGCAGUCACCUUAGUGGCAGUUUGAACAACCUCACUGUUUCUGCAGGCGAUGAGCAUUUCCCAAUCUCUGGUAUUUUUGACACCACCACUGAAAGCCGCAUGUCUGUGAGAAGUGCUCUCACCCGCAAACUCAUUGAUGCCGAGACAGCUUUUAAGUUGCUUGAGGCACAGGCUGCCUCCGGUGGAAUCGUUGAUCUCACCAAAAAGGACAAACUGUCCGUCCAUAAGGCAGCUGAACAUGGCCUCAUUGACACGGGUCACAUAUAUAAACUUCUGAAUGCCCAGAAAGCCUUCACUGGAGUCGAGGAUCCCGUGACUAAAGAGCGUCUUGCAGUAGGACAGGCAGCACAGAAAGGAUAUAUUCCCCAAGAAAAUGCCAGAAGGUACAUGGAGGCGCAGUACCUGACUGGUGGGUUGGUGAAUCCCACAAAAGCAGGUCGCCUCACUGUCCAAGAAGCUAUUGCCACCAAUCUAAUUGACAGCACAACAGCUAGUGAGCUGCAAGAUGAGGCUUCCCAAACAAAAGAUUUGGUAGACCCCAUCACUAAAGAGAAGAUAUCAUACAAGCAGGCAAUAGAUCGGUGUAAUAGAGACAUCAGCACAGGGCUCCUGCUGCUUCCUGCAUCUUCCACUGAUCCUACAAAUGCUCCAUCAUACUCAAACUAUCGGUUCAACUCCUCUUUCAACAAAGUUUAGAUGUGUGGUUUAAGAUAUACGACACUGUUUUGCUACAGCACCUGGUGGUAGAGGGUGUACGCUAAUUGAUAAAUGUAAACAAAUAAAUGAAAAAUUGUUAUGUUCAUACACAUACAUUUUGAAAACACUGGAAAAAACUGUUUUUUGGGGGAAACGGUAGCUGUGGAUCUGUUUGUUUUUCAGUACUAUUUUUGGGUCUGAUUUAAAAAUUAGGGUAAUGUUUGUUUUAUAUGGUAUAUUGUUUUUUUCUGCAUUUUCAAACUAAAUCUGUUAUUUAAAAUUUUAACAGUUGGAUCAUUAGAACAUACAGUGUGUGUGUAAACUCCUUCAAUUUAAUUUUUAUACAGACAUGCAUGGUACCCAGAGCAAGAAUCCUAAUUACCUUGAUGAUCCCCAGACUUUUCCUCUAGCGCCACCAUCAGGUUGGUUUUUGUGAUUUUGAGUCAAAUAUCUCAACAAUUGUUGGAAGGAUUCCCAUAAAAUUUUGUUCAUACUUUCAUAUCACAUUCAUUCUUCCAGAUGAAUUAUAAUACAUUUUACAUUUACAUUUUGCACCGUCAUUAGGUCAAUAUUUUAA